CUUGAGUGGCAAGUUGUUUGUUCCAGCGAGCACCAGCUGCUCGGCGCUCCGCGCUCCGCUGCCUCCCUGCCCGGCUCCGCGCCGCGCCGCUCCGCGCCCCGCCGGCCUCCCCGCCCCCGCAGCCGGGAAGGAGGAGAAGGAGCCGGGGGGGGGGAUAGAAAAAAAACCCCACAAACCAGGCACCGACAAUAACAGCCCCCCUCCCCCUCCCCAUUCAAAAACACAAAAUAAACCCCAGGGAUAGAUGAACUACAAAUGAGAAAGAGGAAAAGAUGGAACUGCACAUCCUAGAGCACAGGCUCAGAGUGGCCAGCAUAGCCAAGGAGAGCAUCCAGUUGUUUACCUAUGGAUUAAUCAAACUUGCUUUCCUGUCCUCCAAGACGAGGUGCAAGUUCUUCAGCCUCACAGAAACCCCAGAGGACUACACCAUCAUUGUGGAUGAAGAGGGCUUCCUAGAGCUCCCUUCCUCAGAACACUUGAGCGUGGCUGAUGCGACAUGGCUUGCCCUCAACGUGGUGUCUGGUGGAGGUGGCUUCUCCGGCUCCCAGCCCAUUGGAGUGACCAAAAUUGCCAAGUCAGUAAUAGCACCACUAGCUGACCAAAACAUCUCAGUGUUCAUGCUCUCCACCUAUCAGACGGACUUCAUCCUGGUACGUGAGCGAGACCUGCCCUUCGUAAUGCACACGCUGGCUGCUGAGUUCACCAUCCUCAGAGUAGUGAAUGGGGAGACAGUGGCUGCCGAUGACCUUGGGAUAACGAAUGGAUUUGUCAAACCAAAACUGGUUCAGAGGCCUGUCAUUCAUCCCCUUUCCAGUCCGAGUAAUAUGUUCUGCGUCACCAGCCUGGAUCCAGAUACCCUUCCCGCUGUUGCUACACUCCUAAUGGAUGUCAUGUUUUACUCCAAUGGAGUAAAAGACUCGGUGGUGGGCAACGAAGACUCGGGACAUAUUCGCUUUUUCUCCUUUUCUCUCAUUGAGGGUUACAUCUCCUUGGUCAUGGAUGUCCAGACACAGCAGAGAUUUCCUAAUAAUUUGUUGUUUACAAGUGCAUCUGGUGAACUCUGGAAGAUGGUGCGGAUUGGUGGGCAGCCUCUUGGCUUUGACGAAUGUGGAAUUGUCGCUCAGAUUUCUGAGCCUUUGGCCGCAGCUGACAUCCCAGCCUACUACAUCAGUACUUUUAAGUUUGAUCACGCAUUGGUACCUGAAGAAAAUAUAAAUGGUGUGGUCAAUGCACUCCAAGUCAGUCAAGCUGAAAAGCAUUAGAAAUCUUCUGAGCUGGUUCCAGAUGCUUUUUAUUAUUAUAAUUAUUAUUAUUAUAAUUAUUAUUAUUAUUAUUCUUUUUUUCUCACAGUAUUUCUUGGAAAAAAUCUGAUUCCAGAGAGUUACAUGAAAAGAGACUGUGGAAAGUUGAGCAGAAACAGCUCCAAUAAGCCUUUGUUUUCAUUAUUAUUAUUAUUAUUAUAUUAUUAUUGUUAUUUUAUUAAAUUUAUAAAUGAGGGGCAGGAGGAAAGGGAGUUCAGAUGGUUUCCUGAUGUUCAGCUCCAAGGCAAAGUGCAACCUGCCCAUGUUCUCGCUGUGGAAGGAGCUGCCCGGGGACACCCGUCUCUCCCCGCAGCGCGGCGGCACGGAUGGCCGCACGCGCAGGCACUCUGCUGAGAGCUUUGCGGCACGGCUGGGGCAGGCGGGCCGCUUACUCAGAGAGAGCCCUGAAAACAGUAAACAAUGAAAUGUGGAAUUAAACAGAAAAGACGUCGCA